UUUACCCAGGAGCCCCUUAAGGAGCCCCAGGGGCCCCAAGCUCGGCUCCCCACCCUAAAGACAAGCAGAGCCUUAAAAUACAAACAAGAGGCCGCUAUAGCUCAUCAUGGACAGGAGAGGCUCACACCCGAAGAAGGAUAUAAAACCGACCAAAUAUCGUGGCGAUAUAUGAAAAGUUAACUUUGCUCCAGGUUGAGUGCGUGGGGGGACGAGGGGCACCCAAAAAGCGAUGUGUCCGUUCGUGGUCUAGAUAGCUUGCAAAACGCGUGCUGAACGAUUCUCUAAAAAUACAGUUCCUACCUGGUCUAUCGGAGCGAAUUGAAAACAUUAGUAAAUAGUGUAACGUUGCAGAGUAAUGGAAGAGAAAGAGACCGGGGAGAGCGAGCCUGUGGUCCUUCCGUGUGCUGAGCAGGCAGAUUCUCUCUCAUUAAUAAUAAGCGGAGAGGAGGAAGCGACGCAAGAGCAAAGUGACUUGGGACACUGUUCAGGAGAGAAGGACGGUCUGACCAAUGGCCAGGUGGGCGAUGAUGACAAGGAAGAGAUGGUGACCCCCCUUUGGUCCCCGGGCACCAGCUACUGGAGUGUCACCGAGGGUCCGGACUCCCCCUUCCUCCUUUCUCCCAUCCCGGGCCCCUCUGGACGCAAAGAGAAGGUCCAAUGCGCCUCCCGACCCGGCCUCAGCCGCAUCCCGGGCAGGGAUCAUCGGCGCUAUUACCACGAGUACUGGCGCAGCGAGUUCCUGAUGGACUUUGACCCCCGUCGCCACGGCAUGAUCUGCAUGGUGUGUGGGAGCUCGCUGGCCACGCUCAAACUCAGUACCAUCAAGAGGCAUAUUAGACAGAAGCACCCAGACUCUCUGCUGUGGAGCGCGGCCGACAAGGAGGUGAUCCGCUCGGGCUGGGAAAGCCACCUGAGUCUGGAGGGGGGCCAGAGGCUGUACUGUCCGGCCGGAGGGGUGGCCGCCAUCUCCCAGGGACAGGAGGAGGAGUUGCUGGACUGUGCUCGCCAUUCCACUGGAAAACCUGGUGGUAUGGUGUCCCCCAAACUCCAGCCCCGGUCUCCGACCCCAUCACCCCCUCCCUCAGUCCCCCUCCAGCAGGAAGAGCUCCCCGGGCCCUCUGCCAAGACCCUGGAGCGCUACCUGAACGACUCGCUCCACGCCUGGUUCCGACAGGAGUUCCUCAUGGAGUACCAGGCGGAGGAGGGCAGGCUGGUGUGCAUGGUGUGCGGCCGCCCGCUGCCCUCGCUCCACCUGGACCACAUCAAGAGCCACGUGCUUGACAUCCACCCCCAGUCGCUGGUCUACAGCUCGGAGGAGAAGCACUGCAUCCUGCAGACUUGGGCCCAGACACAUGAAUCCGACCCUCUAAACGACUUCAUCAAAUCUGAGCCCAACACCAAAGACGAGAGAGAUGCUGGGGUGGACUUCUCUGAAGACCUGAAGACAAUUCAGAUCGGCUCAGACACGUAUGCAGAGGACAACGAUGAGGCGUUAUCCGAGAUACAGGACGUGGGUGUUGGCGUUGGUGGAGCUCCAGAGAUGACCUCUCCCAUUCUCCCUCUCCACCAACCCAGGAAGAGGCGUCUCCGUGGGGGCUUCCCCUGGCGGCUGCGCCUGGACUACAUGGUGGCCUACGGACCCCAGGGUCGUGGCACCUUCUGCAUGGUGUGCUCCCAGGCCCUGCCCAUGGCCAAGGUGAGCAGCUUCCGCCGCCACAUCCAGGAAUGCCACCCUGAGACCACCAGCCUGGCCCGGGAGGAGAGGGAUGCCAUGGCCGAGGCCUGGACCAAAGAGGCUCCCAUGGAAGACAACCCUGCCGUGCAGAUGAAAGAAGUAGACCCCAGUGACAUUGUCAUUCUCCCUGUGGCGAGAGAGAUGGCUGACAACAACAACAACCAGACCACCAAGAUGGCCACCACCAAGGCCGUAAAGAAGGAGGGGGUCACCACCAUGCCUGCCACUCCGGGGCGCCACGGCCACUACCCGGGCAAGGACCAGCGGCGGAACUACCAGGUGCGCUGGAGGAUGGAGUUUCUGAUGGACUAUGACUGCCGGAGACACGGGUUGAUCUGUAUGGUGUGCGGGGCAACGUUAGCCACUCUCAAAGUCAGCACCAUCAAGAGACACAUUCAACAGGUUCACCCUCAUUCUCUGGUGUAUGGCCCAGACGAGAGACAGCAGGCCCUGCUCAGCUACAACCAGACUGCCCUGCACUUCGUCCACUCGGAUGACUGUUUCUCCUCACAAGACCACGGACACACGGCACUCGGACAGACGACUGCCGGCCUCUUUGUCCGCUAGGACGAGGGGCGCCAGGCAUGGUUGUUCUCUAUCCACCCCACUUUCCUUCCUUUCCAAGUCUCUCUUUCUCAGGAAGUUAGAAACAAGGCUUGGUAGAGCUCUGUCAUGAGUUGUGCAGCGACUGGCACAGUUGGUGAUUGUUUCAGCGAGCUUACAAUAUAGCACUUCCUGUCCCAAAAAUGUACUAAACCUAGAUUUGGGUGUGCAAGUGAUUGAAUGAGAGGGUGUUUGAGGUGAAUUGCUAAAGACAAUGAACAACACUUAAAGAUGUGAUCAUCUUUAGUGACUCAAUUACAUCCCGUUAUUUAAAAAGGAAAUUCCUUGUUUACAAUGAGGUAAAUAGGCGUCCUCCAGAGAUUUGUCUCAUUCUUGAAUUAGAAGAUCUCAUCUUCCAUGUCUUCUCCAGUGUCACAGCACUAUUGUUACAAUGGCCCACAGCUAUUUCUGAUGAUCUUAUAAGCAAAACAAAGCUGCACACACAAAAAUCUAUGUAAAUAGUGUUGAAUAUUUGAAUUAUGAUUUACUUUUACAAGCACUUUUACACGUGGUUUUUACAAAAAAUGUUUGUAAUUACGGCCAUUUUUCUACUUCACUGAUAAAAUGAAACGAUGCCACGUGAAUGUCAUUUUGCAUGGGAAUUCUGAAGUCAUGCAUGAUUGUGGAGGGAUUGCCUUCUACAGCUGAAGCACUUAGUUUAUGAGAGCAUUUUAGCUUUAUUUAUAGAAGAUUUCACAUGCAAGGUUUCCAUUUCAGUAACUCACAUAUUACAAGGUUUAUGCAACAAUGAACAACAAUUAACUACAUUAAAAAAAAAUGGCAACAGCAUCAGGAAAUAAAUCACCAAAUUAACCA